AUGAUCCCUCGUCCCAUUCCGUUAGACAUUUUUCAUGUUUGGUGGACUAAAUUAACUUUUCAUGAUGAUGGAUCGGGUAAACCUUCAGAAUUAUCUGUGAAACAUGAAAUAGAAGUGAUAGUGAAAAAGUUUGAUGAACUUGAUGUACCUGGAAAAAUUGUUAAAACAAAUGGUGUACCCAAAAAAGACAAAAGUAAGGUAUCAAAAAGAGAUAAAUCAAUCAAGUGUGAUCCAUCUUGGUGGGAGUAUGUAGAUGCAAGUGUUCGAUGCAGUGACAUAAAUGCAUUCAAAAAGCUCACACCUCGAUCAUCGGUUAGCAAAGUUCAACAACUAAGAUUUCUUAUCUUCAACGAUUGGUUGCCGGUUGAAAUUUAUAAAUUCAUAGAUGACAUUAUUGACGUCGGCAAGGAUGGUAAUUGUGGAUAUCGUGUAGCUACAACUUUACUUGGAAUAUGUGAGAACUGUUGGACAUUCAUUCGUCAAGAGUGUGUGGUAGAUCUUCAAGAGUUCAUGUCUCAUUACAAGAUAAUAUAUGGUGGACAAAAUUUUAUUCAACAACUUAUACACAGUGCGUAUGUUGAACAAGUUGCAACUUUGGAUAAUUGGAUGACACUUCCAGAAAUGGGAUAUGUGAUUGCUUCGAAAUUUAACUUGGUUUUCGCCGCAUUAUCACUUAACCAAUCACAAAUAUUUUUUCCACUAAGAAGUAUACCACCAACAUCUAUGUCAGAUCAUCGUAUCAUAGUUAUUGCAUUUGUUAAGAACUGUCAUUUUGUGCAGGUUUACUUAAAGACAAAUUCUCCUAUACCACCAGUAAAUAAUUUGUGGAGAAAAUAUUGCACUGAAGAAACACGAUAG